GCAAGCGUGGGCCCUUUGUCAGUCAGAACACCACUGUGUGUGAGAUUUAUAUCAACACAACUCUAAGAUCAACAACAAUUUACAAAUCAACUACAAAGUUGUUGAUCUUACAGGUUGAUCCGGCCAUAAUAGAGGGUACUAAGCAGGAUGAGGUAUGAAACGACCGCUUUUACGGUGUUUGCCUUCCCUCCUUUUGGGUAUCCUCCUGACUACUUUUAUCCACUAUAUACUUCACAAUAACAAAGAGCAGUCUUUUAGCUCUUGUCAAGAUGACAGGGAGAAAAUUAAUGAAAUGCUGGUGAAGUAUUCACAACCCUGGGUUAAAAACGAAGAAAAGCACAAAGAAAUCAGGACUGAGCUUAGCCUCAAGUGCAAUGGUUUGGAGAAUGCCAUCAUAACCCAGAAAAACACUCCAUCCAGAACAAAGAUCAUCUUUGAUGCAGAGAAGAAGCAUAAUGUCAAAGUCAACUCAGAAUAUUUUGCAGCAUUUGUCAAAAAGCAUCCAGUCUUUAAUAAAACAUUGCAUUCAUGUGCUGUUGUUGGAAACGGUGGAAUCCUGGCAAACAGCAAGUGUGGAAAAAUGAUUGAUUCAGCUGAAUUUGUGAUCAGGUGUAACAUGGCUCCUUUGCUAAAUGGAUAUGAAGAACAUGUUGGGGUGAAAACAAACAUUGUAACAGCAAACCCUAGCAUUUUAGCUACAAGAUAUGGCUCACUUUUAGGACGUCGACGCAGGUUUGUGGAGAGUCUGGUCCAAUAUGGCAAUGCCAAACUGUUGCUUCCUGCAUUCUCCUAUUCUGCAAACACAGCAUUGUCUUUCCGGGUUUUCUACACCAUUGAGGACUUUGAGUUGCCCAUCCAGUCUGCCAUUAUAAACCCAAAGUACCUGGAGAGUCUGGAAGUGUUUUGGGGCUCUCACGGAUUGAAGAAAAAAUGUCACAGCUCGGGUUUUAUGAUGGUCAGUCUAGCGCUGGAGCUGUGUGACAACGUGGAUCUGUUUGGAUUUUGGCCCUUCAGUCUCCACCCAGAAAGCUUCCAAAACCUGACUCACCAUUAUUAUGAUGACAUGAAAGCUAGAAACAAAAUACACGUUAUGUCAGAUGAAUUCAAUUUUUUGUUGGAGUUGCACAGCCUAGGUGUGCUGAAACUGCACCUGAGGAAAUGUGGACCUGAUUAAUAGACAACUUACCAGUAGAUGCUUGAAAAAUGUUUACACGUCGUGGAGUGAUGGGUAUUUCCACUCUUGAACAUGAUAUUCUGCACAGCAGGGGACUGAAGACUUUCUCAGCUCUGAAAGGUAGUAGAAAAGUGAGAGCAAGCAGGCAGAAGCAACAGCAGGGAAUGCAAUGCAGAAGCUCACAACUUCUUUGCAACAUCCAAAUUGGUGAUGUACAUUUGAUAAGUUCCUUGGGCUUUCAGUUCCUGAACCUGCAUGCAGGUCACUUCAUUAAGUCCAGCAAAGAAUGAUGUCUAUUUUACUUAUUAUCAAGAAAAAGCCAAGAAAAAAAAAGCCAAACCAAAGAAUGUUAUCCUCACUAUGCACCACAUAACAUCUAAAAUUUUACUGAUUUUUGCACUUUUGCAGUUUGUCACCAACUUAAGUUAGUGACAAACUGCAAAGUUAGUCAAAAAUUAAAGGUAAUAAUAUGGGUUAUCUAGUCCACAAACUAAAUAUUUAGUUGGAAGCUAAAUAUUUAAUUUGAAGAUUAGUUUUUUUGUUUACAAACUAAAUAUCUAGUUUGAAGCAAAAUAUAUAGCUAAUAUGCACAUUAGUUAACCGAUAACUGGAAGUGCACUAUCAUAAUAAAUGUUGAAUCUGCAGAUGUUGAUGCAUUUAGCUUAAAGGUAAAUAAAUUUUCCUUGUUAAUUGAAUAUUGAAUUUGACAUUUUGCCAUCUAUAAAUUAAUAAAAAACAUAAUGAAAACACUA